AUGAGCGACAACAAUGACAUCGAGGUGGAGAGCAACGCUGACAAAUGUGCUCACCACAAUGCACUAGAGCGGAAACGUGGGGACCACAUCAAGGACAGCUUCCACACCCUGCGGGACUCUGUGCCAUUGCUUCAGGGAGAGAAGGCAUCCCGGGCCCAAAUCCUAGAUAAAGCCACAGAGUACAUCCAGUACAUGCGUUGGAAAAACCACACACACCAGCAAGCUAUUGAUGAUCUAAAGCGCCAGAAUGCACUUCUGGAGCAGCAGGUUCGUGCACUGGAGAAGGCAAGGUCAAGUGCUCAGCUGCAGGCCAAAUAUUCCUCUUCAGACAACAGCCUCUACACCAACCCCAAGGGCAGCACCAUCUCCGCUUUCGAUGGCGGCUCUGACUCCAGUUCAGAGUCUGAGCUGGAAGAGCCCCAGAGCCGGAAGAAGCUUCGUAUGGAGGCCAGCUAGAAGAGGCCUGAUUUCCCGCUGCCAUUAGACACUUGCUGGCUGCUUAAGGACUUUCCUCUUUCCUCCYCUUUAGUAAAGGCUCUCGGACUGCAAUUUCUUCCUGUUCCUUGUCCCUUUCUGCCCCUUCUUGAGUUWAACCCAUAUUAUGGCAUGGCAGCUUAYCUUCAGGAAGACCCCAGCAGCUGUAGUGUGAAGCAGGAUGSGGAUUUCUCUCGUCCUGCCCUGUGGUUGCACAUCUCUAGURCCAGGAAUGCCCAGGSCAUUUGAUGAACUCCAUGAGUCUGUAAUUGCCUGGUYGGGACAGGGAGCUCUCUAUUCUUCCACUAGAGCCACACCAGCCUCUCUGUUGCAUUUUUCCCUGACCAAUCUUGAUUUAUUUCUUGGUGGGAGGGAGCACAGGAUACCUGUGUACGUGCCUCUUGUUUGAAGU